AUCUUCGGUUCUAUCUGCUGAGAUCAUUUCUACCGAAGAUCUCUGCGGCAAUUCUCCAGGACCAUUCCCAAGAGACCAAAGAAAAAUUUAGAAUCAAUGAGGAAAGGGGUCUUGAUAUGCAGCAUGGUCAUAUUCUUAUCAGCCUUGUUUCAAAGGACUCUAUGUGGGCACUAUCCUCCUACUCCGUUCGCAGCUAGGAGGAAACGCAUGAGCGAGAAAGUUCGCAAAAUGUUUUAUCAUGCUUACGGGAACUAUAUGAUCCAUGCAUUUCCGCAUGAUGAGCUUAAACCUCUGACCUCUACAUUCACAGAUUCUCUGAGUGAGCUUGGAAAUUUAAAGCUCGAGCAUCUCCCACAACAAUAUAGUGGCUCAGCUCUUACACUAAUUGAAUCAUUGUCCAGUCUUUUUAUUCUGGGUAAUGUCACUGAGUUUGAAAGGGCAGUUCUUUGGCUUUCAGAAAAUCUUUCAUUUGACACCGAUGCAAGAAUAAACCUUUUUGAGUGCAACAUAAGAGUUCUUGGCGGACUAGUUUCUGCCCAUCUUCUUGCAACUGAUUCUACAAACAUGUUGGUUCAAGGAACUUAUAAGAAGCAGCUUCUUGAUCUGGCAGAGGAUCUGGGAAGACGUUUACUACCUGCUUUUGAUACACCAACAGGACUGCCAUAUGCUUGGAUCAACUUGAAGCAUGGGGUGAUGCAGAAUGAGACAACUGAAACAAGCACAUCUGGCUGUGGCUCACUGAUUCUUGAAAUGGGAGCAUUAUCUCGUUUGACGGGUGAUCCAAUAUUUGAAAUUGCUGCUUUGCGUGCCUUACGUAAGUUGUGGAGCAUGCGUAGUUCUCUCAACCUUCUAGGAACUACAUUGGAUGUGGCCACUGGAGAAUGGAUAGAGUAUUCUUCUGGAAUUGGGGCUGGUGUCGACUCCUUCUAUGAGUAUUUGGUAAAAGCUUACAUUCUCUUCGGGAAGGAUGAAUGCUGGAAGAUGUUUCAGUCUGCCUAUCUUGCUGUGCAAAAGUAUUUCAGACACGGGCCCUGGUAUCAUGAUGCAGACAUGAGAACAGGAAGAGCUACUUAUUGGCAGCUUACAAGUCUUCAAGCAUUCUGGCCGGGCCUACAGGUUCUAGUUGGUGAUGUUGAUGCAGCUAAUUCAUCACAUCGAGAAUUUUUCAAUGUGUGGAAAAGGUUUGGAGUACUACCUGAAAGGUAUCUGCUAGACCAUCACAUAGUGCAUCCCACAGAGAAGUACUAUCCUCUACGCCCUGAACUUGCAGAAUCCACAUUUUACCUAUACCAAGCAACAAAAGAUCCGUGGUAUAUGGAAGUGGGUGAGUUAAUCAUUAAAUCUUUAAACCAAUAUACUAGAGUUCAAGGCGGAUAUGCAAGUAUUAGAGAUGUGACAACCAUGGAAUUAGAAGAUCAUCAGCACAGUUUCUUCCUAUCUGAAACGUGCAAGUAUUUGUAUCUUCUCUUUGACGAUUCUUUUCUGGUCAAUCAAAAUUACAUCUUCACAACUGAGGGUCAUCCUCUUCCAGUUUUAAACACUUGGCAUGAUAGACUUUCCAAAGCAUAUUUACCAAGCAAUCAGACUUCAUUCAAGGGGCAAGGUCGGAGAAAGCGAUCUAGUGCAAUGUCACAGCAGAUAUGUCCAGCGACUAUGCUUAGCCACCAUGAGGAGAAUUAUCCACACCUUGAGAGCGCUUGCCACGUCCCUGAUAUGGUUGCUGAUCACAGAUGUGCGACUAAUGACGAUUGUGGUGUUGAUUCAACCACUUGUAGACGAAGAUCAUGCAGUAUGGCUGGUUUUUGUGGUCUGUGGUUGUCGACAUGAGAGUUGGCCUGCACAUACAGAUAUUUCUUGCUCAAGAAACUGUGUCUUUUAACUUUUAAGUGCAUAUGUGUAAUGUUAAAGUUGCAGAUACACAAACAAAUAAUACCAUACGAGUAUACUUUGUUAGGAAGAAGAGAAGAUAGUAUUUUGCAUUCAUGUGGGAAAGAUCUUGUAACCAUAUAAUACCGGUAGCCGGGAAUAUCGCACUCUAGGAGUCAUAUACUUCGUAAGUUCGUAUAUAACUGUAGAUGGGACUAACGUAUUAUCAGUAAAGACUUUUUUUAACGUCAAAGUGUGUUUAUCACUUAUUUUGCUUCUAAGGCUGGCGUGCCGUAUAAAUACAA